UGGAAGAACGGACCUGAGGAGGGGCCGCAGAGGGCAAUACGUGAGACUAUAAAGCCACGGGCCAGCGCGGAGCGGACGGAAGAGCUGGGAGGGGAAGAGGAUGGCGGAGAUUUGUGUCCCCAAGGAGCCAGAUGGCCUUGAUGAGGCUGGGCUCCCUUUCUGGCGUGAUGAGGAGAGGGAGGUAUUUCAAGGCCAGAGAUCAGCUGAGAAAGACCUUGGGCCACUCAGGAACUUAAGAAGCUUGACAGGGUGUCUGACCCGAGCCCCUCUGCUGCUGAUGCUGCUUCUCCUCUUUCUGGGUUUCUUCGUGCUCAUGCUGAUCACCCUGAUUCAAGUCUCCAGGAUCCAACAAUCCUUGCCGAGGGAGACAGAGCGUCAGGGGAGCCGCAGCCUGGGGGUUGUUUCGCAGGAGCGGCUGAAAUCAGAUCUGGAGGAGAUCCACCGGCAGCUGGCCUGGAUGAAUGCCACCCUGACUGGCCUGUGCCGCCCCUGCCCCUGGAACUGGGACUUCUUCCAGGGAAACUGCUAUGCCUUCUCCCAGACCCAAAGGACCUGGAAAGCUUCUGUCUCCGCUUGUCAGGAUAUGAGCGCCCAGCUGGUGGUUGUCAACAGUGCUGAGGAGCAGAAAUUCCUGCAAUUCUGGAAUAUCAGAAAUGAUAAGCCCACUUGGAUCGGCCUCACUGACCACCACAAUGAAGGGUCCUGGCAAUGGGUGGACAACAGCCCCCUCCUUCUCAGCUUCUGGAAACAAGGGGAACCGAAUAGUCAAGGAGAUGAAGACUGUGUGGAAUUGUACAAUGAUGGCUGGAAUGAUAGGAAAUGCAGCGCAGAACUCUUCUGGAUCUGUGAGAGGCCCUCAGGGCUGUGCCCAGGCCUCGGAGGGCCAUUGUCCCCUACCCAGUCCCUGCCCCUCGGUGGUCCCCAGUGAUCAAGCAAAUAGGGCACGCACUCUGCUAGCUCUUCUCUGGCCCCACUCGCUUGUUUACAUUCCCUGGGAACGGAGGUUUUUCAGAUACUGAGAUUCUGAGACCCCCUUCUCCUUUAAGGCCCAUCCCUCCAUAGGCUAUAGACCAUCUCUCUUCUUCUACUGAUAGUCCCAGUGUCCCCACUCAGUCCCCAUGACAUCCUCUUAAUAAAGUCACACACUGCAUGAUGCCUU